AUGUCCUGGCUUCUUAGGACUCUAAGAAAUUUUUGUCGUUGCAACAGGAAAGAGAUGUCCAUGGUAGGCAGUGAGAAAGCAAGACGAGAAUCCAAAGAAAAGAAGUUUAUGCAACUUGUUUCCCCUCAGAAAAACGACUUGGGGAGAACAGUGGUUCUAGAUCUCGACAAUACUCUGGUGUACUCAACUUUUAAGAAGCCCAGACUUUAUGACUUUUGUCUGGAAGUCCCUGGGAAAAAGAAUCUACAGAUCUAUGUGAAGGUCAGGCCCCAUGCUGUCGAGUUUAUAAGCAUUGUUGGGGCUAUAUACGAGGUGAUUAUCUUCACAGCAGCGAAGAAGGAAUAUGCCGAGAAAGUCAUCGGCAUUAUCGAUGCGAAUAAGAGAAUAGCCUAUUCUCUAUACAGAGACUCAUGUACACUUGUUAACGGAAAAUAUGUUAAGGAUCUGUGUAAGCUUGGAAAGCCCUUGAAUGAGGUGAUUCUGGUUGACGACAGCCCCCAUUCAUAUGAGUUCCAGCCCCACAAUGGGAUUCAUAUUCCUCCAUAUACAGGAGAAAAGGAUGACGAUUCCCUCCUCAAGAUCAUGAAAUUCCUAAGAGAGAUUCACGAAGAUGGUAUGUUUGGGAGUAUCCAUCAGACCCCUUUUUGA